AUGAAUUCAAAAGGCUUCGGAGUUCGAUUCUUUAUGACGGCUCUGGGAACGGGAACCAAUCUUCUGUGGUCGCGUGUUGACGAUGAUUUCCGUAAGAUUGAUCCUUAUCAUCAGCUCCUUCGCGGCAACGCCAAGCCUCAGAAGUCCCAUCUUAGCUCCCGUGCAUAUGAGUCCCUAUUCAGCCCUCAUUCCUUCCAUAGGAAGAAAACAUUAUCUCGUCUCUUGGAUUUCAUUCUGUUCGAUCCUCUCAGAGUUUCUACCGACAACCCUAGCAAAUAUACCAUACGAUCUCGUCAUGGUGUCAAGAGUCUUCCCAAAAAGCCUUGUACAAUUGCAGCAAGGCUAGAGUAUCUAGACCCAACUGGCGAGGUGGACGAUUCGAACUUAUUGAGAAUUCUUGAUGGACUAGCUUCACUCGAAAGAGAGGAGAGAGACGCACGGAUCAUUUCAAGGGUUAAACUAUACAGUAUGGGUAUUGGCGAAGAUGGGAAAUUAAGAAUUGAUGAAGAUGAGAGAACUGUGGGUAAAUAG